AUGCAGUCGUACUGCCGACAGGUGCUGCCGCCCAGUGGAGUCGAACAUGCCGUCAGUCUCAAGUUGACGGGAACCUGUGUCGAGGCAGAGCGACACUCGACGAGAGUCGUCCGCAACCUCGUCGUGGCUCGUUCCAACUUUCUACAGGUCUACGAAGUCCUCGAGGAGCCUGUACCUGUCCAGUCUAGCGUCACAGAUGGCUCCAGUGCGUCAAUGCGGGAAGAUCAGACUCGUUUGCAGCUCUUGGCCGAACAUGUCUGCCAUGGUAUCGUCACUGGCCUUGCGCGGCUCAGUACGCUCGACACACGUCAAGACGGCAGGCACAGAUUGGUGAUCUCGUUCAGAGACGCAAAGAUGACUGUCAUGGAGUGGUCAGACCAGUUGCAUGACCUCGCGCCCGUCUCGAUGCAUUCAUUCGAGCGUCUGCCACAGCUGUCGCAAGGAGAUUUAGGCGCAUUCCAGGCCGUACUGCGCGUCGACCAAGCGAGCAGAUGUGUUGCGCUACUCUUGCCUGACAACACGCUCGGCAUCUUGCCGUUCUUUCAAGACCUGUCUGAGCUCGAAGACAUGACCAGAGAAGGCCUACAGAGUCUACCUUAUGCGCCUAGUCUGACCAUCGACCUGUCCGAGAUUGGUCCAGGCAUACGCAACGUCGUCGAUUUUGCCUUCUUGCCAGGAUUCAGCGAGCCAACGAUAGCGAUACUAUUCCAGCGCAAGCCGACUUGGACUGGACGCAUUGACUUUGCCAAGGACAUCACUAGCCUGGUCAUGGUUACCCUCGAUAUUGGCUCGAGGAAUUAUCCUGUGAUAUUCGAGGCAGAUGGAUUACCGUACGACGCCCUGUCUCUCAGUGUCUGUCCUCGCGAACUCGGCGGUGUCGUUAUUCUCUGUGCUAAUUCACUCGUUCACAUUGAUCAAUCGUCGAAGAUGACCGGUAUCGCUGUCAACGGCUGGACGAGCACGCUCACCGAUGCUCGUCUCGAUUCUCGUCCAACUUUACGACUCGUCCUCGAAGGCGCCCAAUGCGCGUUCGUGGGCCAGCAGGUUGCAGUCCUAUGCACGCGUACAGGCGAAACCUUCUCACUCCAUCUGGAGAAGGACGGCCGUAAUGUGUCCAGCAUGGACUGUCGUCCCCGAGCUGUAACUUGCAUACCUGCUUGCAUCGAGACUGUCGGUGCUGCCUACGUCUUUGUAGGCUCAGCACAAGGCCAAUCUGUGCUCCUGCGCUGGGCGUCGCAAUCUGGCGCAGGUGCAGACAUACUGGAUAUCACUGAAAGUGGCACCGGGCUCGUGCAAUCAGACGCUAUGGACGAUGAUCUCUAUGCCACUGCCGGCGCUCACAAUGGGAAUGGGCACCAGAUUGCACCGACGGGUAAAGAUGUGCAGCUUGAGCUCUGCGAUACGCUACCAGGCUAUGGUACGAUUCGGCAUAUCGCGGUACUUGAUCACACCUCUGCCAGCCUCGAUGAGCCUUCUCUCGUCGCAUGCACAGGUGUACAGGCCAUGGCGGGUCUCACUACUAUCCACCGGCAUGUGCCAUCAGUACGUCAAGUCGAUCUCGAUCUGCCUACUGCACGCGACAUUCGCCAUAUCUGGACGGUGGGGUUGGAGCAGCGGCAGAAGAUGGGUCGUGGUCCAAUCACCCAUCAGAUUAUCUGCUCGACUGGCUCUAGCAGCAUGGUGUAUACACUCGACCAAGACACCCAGGCAGCUACCCUGGCGCGCAAAAGCGCAGAAGUACCUCUCGCGGCGGGCUCCUUCUUUAGUCGAUCUCAGGUGCUAGAGGUCACUGAAGAUAUGCUAAGGCUCUAUUCGCCAGAUGGCCAAAUCACAACCGAAGCACCUCAUGGACAAGCAGAUGCGAUCGACGUGACUGUCAGCGAUCCGUUCGUGGCAGUCCUGAGUGCCGCACGGAAUGUUACAGUCUUCUUCGGCGAUCCGACGACCUCGUUACUCAAUGAGCUUGGCCAAUUGCCGAUUGCAGAUGUGGCAGCUGUCAGUCUGGUCGCCCAAGCGAACAAGGGCAUGGACAGACACCUCAUUGCUGCCGCUUUGACGAAUGGCGAGAUCAUCGUAUACUCUCUGCCGGACAUGCAGAUCCAAUGGCAAAGCGAAAGCAUUACGCAGAUGCCACCUGUUCUCCGACCGCGCUAUCUCGUGCCAACUUCUGUCUCUGGUAAAGAUCAUCCCGAUGACACCACGAUGGGCGAAGCCGGCGACGAAGUCAGCGCAAUGUUGCUCACUGUCAUUGACGGUCUCGACGGAGUCCGUCUGCAUCUCGUCGCGCUCCUCGGCACGAGCCGACUCGUGGUAUACGAGCUCGUACGACAGCAUGACGAAUCGAGAUCAGUCUGGCAGUUCGUUCGAAGAAUCGCUCGCCAGCUUCCGAUAGGUGAACAGGAAGAAGAGCAGUCCAGGCGCUUGGUGUCGUUCAUCAGCACGACUGGUCGUUCUGGCGUUUUCAUCACCGGAUCGGCUCCAUUCUAUCUGCUUACGGACCGUGCUGGCAUCGCUCGGCUCUAUCGCGCACCAUACGGCAGAGCCAGUGCAUUCGGUGCUUUUGAUCCGCCAAGCUCUACGCCGCUACUCGUGCUCGCCGAUGGCGCAAUGCACACGUACGACCUUUCGGAUCAGGCGUCGUUGGCUCGAGAGCUGCCAGUCACGCACGUCGCCACAAGUAAAUGCUUCACGUCGACAGCCUAUCACGACUCUUCACAUACCCUCGUUGCUGCUCGCGUGGUCAACGCGCCCUUUGAGCUUUUCGAUGACGAAGGCGCGCCAGUCUAUCGCGCGCCAAGCGAAGACAUGAUCUCUCCUACCGUCUUUCGAUCCUGUCUCGAGCUGCUCGUACCCGGCUCGUGGGAUUGCAUCGAUGGGCAUGAAUUCCCACAGAAUGAGAGUAUCUUGCAGCUCAUUUGCGCGACAUUGCCCAGCGCGACUGAUCCCUCUGGUCGAGCGCGCUUUGUCAUCGCUUCAACAUGCAAUAACCGCGGCGAAGAUCUGCAGACACGCGGCGGGCUGUAUGUUUUCCGCAUCAGCACCACAGAAUCGACUGCAGCGAGCGAUCAAGCGCAAGCUCGCUCUGCCAAGCUUUCUCUCGUCCACGCAGACGAUCUGCGGCAUCCCGUCGGGGCGAUAUGUGAGGUCAACGGCCACAUCAUUCACUCCCUUGGUCAAAAGGUCUUCAUCAAAGCCUUCGACAGCGAUCAGCGCCUGAUCACUGUCGGCUUCCUCGACGUCGGACUUGAUGUCUCUGCAAUGCGUUCGAUCAAGAAUCUGCUUAUUAUUGGCGAUAGCCUUACAGGGACCUACUUUGUCGCAUUUCAGGAGGAUCCCUUUAAACUGGUUCUGCUCGGCAAAGAAGCUCGCAAGACCGAUGUCUAUUGCGUCGAUUUCCUCGUGCAGGAGAAUCGGCUCGGCCUGCUUUCUGUGUCCCGCAAAGGUCUGCUUAGGCAGCUGGAGUACAACCCCGGCAAUGCCGAAUCACGCGCUGGCGAGCGUCUGCUCGAUCGGACAGAAUACCAUCUCGGAAAACAGAUCAUCGAUAGCUUGUCCUUUGCAAAGCGUUUGUCCACAGAUGAGGAUCUGCGGCAAAGCGGCGUCAUGCUAGUCGGCGCCGAUGGCUCGCUGACUUGGGUCACGCCCGUGCGCGAAGUCGUCUACCGGCGAUUAGCGCUGCUCGAGCGUCAGCUGCAUCGUCAGCUUCCCCACUUUGCUGGCCUCAACCCACGUGCGUUCCGCACCGCUCGUAAUGACUAUUACUCGCGACCACUGGCACGCGGCAUGUUGGAUGGGGACUUGCUCGCAAUCUACGCGAACCUGCACGCAUCGCGACAGCAAUCUCUAGCGAGCCACAUCAAUAGCGACCCAGACACGCUCUCGGUCAAUCUCGGCAAUCUGGAACCGCCUUGGGCCUGA